GCAUUUCUCAACCGACCUUUUGGUUGUGUUGUGGCUGUGCCGUAUCGUCCACUUAGAAGCGCAGAAACGGCGCGUGGACAGGAGCGAUUAUGAAUUGGAGACUUAGUCGUGUGAGGGGCAAAAUGCAGUCCAUCCUGUGCCGGUGUAUCAUUGCCGGGGUUCUCCUCCCGUCUCUCUGCAAUUUGAGCUUCCAAAGGUUGAAUCUCCAAGCUCUGUGCUUCGAUCCCCGGAAUUCAAUGUGAAUAUCUCGAAUUGUCAUAUGCUUCACUCAGUUAACGCAUACCUACUUUACUUGUCCUCACAGCCUUAAUCCAGUCCGACGAGUCCCCUUCAGACUGUCGGAUGUUGGGCCGAAUCGCCAAGACACUCUCCAACUACGAAAUACAGACACACAUCUAAGCAAUGGUCUCUCCAAAGCUUUCUCGCUUCCUAUCAGACUUCACACUCGGCUUCUCAGAUGGCCUCACCGUGCCAUUCGCCCUGACAGCCGGCCUGAGCUCACUCGGCCGUAGCGAGACAGUCAUCUAUGCCGGCCUUGCGGAGCUAUGUGCGGGAUGUAUCAGCAUGGGGAUUGGAGGUUACCUGGCAGCGCGAGACUCUUCACACGAUGACUCUCGGAGGGUGCAGCCGCCGCCGGUAGAUGAGGAGGAACAGGGCAUGUUGUCAUCGGCAGGAAGACGCAGCGAGGAUGAGAUCGACGACGACAAGCGCCGCGCGGACGAAAAAGUAGAUGAAGAGGAAGCAGUGCUCCGGUAUUUACAACCACUAGGCUUACCCGAGACGACUGUUGCGAUGGUAGUCGAAGCCGUGAGAUCUCAAUCGGGAGGAUUUAGCUGGGCUUCAGAGAGAAUCAGGGGCGCGCAAGCUAGCCGACCGGGAGCAUUCAUCGAAAAUGACGCGGUCGAAUCAAGUCGCCUGCCAGUAUCACCGAUCUUUUCGGGCCUGUCCAUCUCCCUCGGGUAUCUCUGCGGCGGGCUGAUGCCUCUGCUGCCGUACUUCUUCGCCUCAAGCGUGGGUCGCGGGCUUCUGUGGAGCAUUGCCGUCUGUCUCAUCGCCCUGUUCGCCUUUGGAGCCGGAAAAGGCUGGUUGUUGGGAGAUGGGAAGACAUCACGCAUACGAUGCAUGUGGGAGGGCUUCCAGAUGAUGUUGUUUGGUUGUUGUGCCGCGGGAGCUGCGGUGUUGUGUGUACGGCUGGUCGAUCAGAAGUGGACGUGAGGUGGCAUAUCGAGAAAAGAGAGAUAGGUAUCCCAUCGGGUGCUGAUGGACCUCAUUUUUGCCAAGACUCAAUCGCCCCACUAUUUACCCAUUUUUUCACCGCGUUGAAAGGGGUACUUGACGGUACGUCAUUUAUCCCUAUGCUCUUUUACCUAUUAUUGCCACUAUUACUACCAUUUCAAUUACUGCUGCGAUGUCUUCUAGUGAUUCUG